AUGACAGACAGCAUACCUACGCGUGCCCUGGACGAGAUAUACUCGCCGCAUACGCUCCCGGGCGAGCAGGCUCGAUGGCGCUCUGUCGUCGAGCAUUUCACGCACAUCUUUCACCACCAGCCCCAAUUUGUGGCUCGUGCGCCAGGCCGACUCAACUUGAUUGGCGAGCACAUUGACUAUGUUGGCUACAACGUGAUGCCCAUGGCGAUUGAGAAAGAUAUCCUGAUGGCCACGUCGUUUGAGCCUGCUUCGACGCCACGUCUUCGCUGCGAACUGCAUAAUGCGAUCACGCAUUUUGCGCAUUCGACGUUUGAGUGCGAUAUGACGGACCCGCACUCGAUCGAGCUCGUGCACUUCGGCAGCAAGCGCUGGGCCAACUACUUCAAGGUCGUCCUCCUUGGCCUGCAGUCCGUCCUGCCACCUGAGGUGCGCCAAAAUGCGCACGGCACGAUCAAGGUGCUGGUCGACGGCACGGUGCCGCCCGAGAGCAGUCUGAGCUCGAGUGCCGCCAUGACGACAUGCAGCUCGAUCGUGAUUUUGACCGCGCUGAAGGCGCUGCAUGUGGUCCCACGCAAGGUCAUAGCCGACGUGGCAUGCCACAGCGAGCGUCUCGUCGGCGUCCACUCGGGUGGCAUGGACCAGGCCGUGUCCGUGUUUGGCCAGCGCGACAAGGCCCUGUUCGUGUCGUUUGCUCCCACGCUUCACGUGUCGCCGAUCGAGCUACCGCUGGGCCACCAGUACGUGUUUCUCGUGACCAACACGAUGAUCAAGUCCGACAAGAAGGCCACGGCUCCCGAGCGCUACAAUUUGCGCGUCGUGGAGACACGCCUCGCCGCUGCUGUGCUGAAGCGUGUGCUCCAGACCAAGUCAGAUAUCCCGAUCCAGUUCCGCGACACACUGCGCUCGGUCUCCGACACGUUCUGGGCAGGACACACGGGUGAGUGGGACAAGAUUGUGCACGAGUUUGACGACGUGCGCCAUGCAUGCAACGACUUGGGUCUCGACGCCGGGCAUCUCCAGGCCAUGCUGAACAUUGUCGAGCACCACAUCCCGCGCCGCGGCCUUUCGCGCCAAGAGGUCGAGGACUUGGUCGGCCUACACGGCGACGAAUUUGACCACCACUUCUUGAAAGACUUUCGCGUCCACGCCUCCGAGUUCUUCUUGCACGCGCGCGCCUUCCACGUAUACUCCGAAGCACUGCGUGUGCUCCAAUUCCAUGCCGUGCUCCAGCGUGCGCACGCUGAUCACGCACACGGCCCGCCGCACUUUGAUCCGCAUCGCGUAGCGCGCCGCUUGGGAGCGAUUAUGAACGCGAGUCACGAGAGCCUGUGUAGCGACUACGACUGCAGCUCCCCCGAGCUGAAUCUUGUCGUGCACAUCGCCCGUCAGCACGGCUCGCUCGGUUCCCGCCUCACUGGCGCCGGCUGGGGCGGCUGUGCUAUCCACCUGGUGCACCGCGACCAGGUUUCGACCCUCAUGGACCUGUUCAAGGAGUUGUACUACUCGAUCAAGUUUGGCUACAUGACCGAACAUAUGCUCAAUGAUGCCAUGUUUGUGACGUGCCCUGGCGAAGGUGCCUGCGUCAGUUUCUUAUAG